UCAUGUGCUGCCAUCUGCGGAUAAAGCCACGUCACGUUUGAGCGUAGUGUGAAUUCCAAGAAAUUAAUAUAGAAAUGAAUAUAUUCCGACUUCUUGGGGAUAUAUCCCAUCUCCUGGCCAUCGUAGUUCUGUUAUUGAAAAUAUGGAAAACACGAUCAUGUGCAGGUAUAUCAGGAAAGUCGCAAAUACUGUUUGCAAUAGUUUAUACAACACGUUACCUGGAUCUCCUCACAUCAUUUGUCUCAGCAUACAACACGGUUAUGAAAGUCAUAUUCAUUGGUGCAUCGUAUGCUACUAUUUAUUUGAUGUACAUCAAAUUCAAGGCAACUUAUGAUCAAAAUCAUGACACAUUUCGGAUUGAGUUUCUGAUCGUGCCAGCAGUUGCCCUGUCUCUCCUCAUCAAUCAUGAGUUCACAGUUCUGGAGGUGUUAUGGACAUUCAGUAUCUACCUUGAAUCAGUGGCUAUUCUGCCUCAGCUUUUUCUAGUGUCAAAGACCGGCGAGGCAGAGAGCAUCACUUCGCAUUACCUCUUUGCACUUGGCUCAUAUCGUGCCCUGUAUCUUCUCAACUGGAUCUACCGCUAUUAUUUUGAAAAUCAUUAUGACCUCAUUGCUGUUGUAGCUGGAGUUGUGCAGACUGUUCUUUACUGUGAUUUCUUUUAUCUUUACAUUACUAAAGUGCUUAAAGGGAAAAAGCUACAGCUUCCAGCCUAAUUGCAGUGCAAAAUUGCUUACAUUUCAAGAUGUGAGCUGGAAAGAAACAAGUGCAUGAAUAACUAUGUGUUGGAACAUGAGUGAAGUAGAAGCUCUUCAUGUGUGUUUUGCAUAGUUCUCUGAACUGUUUAUUGUGUUCAGCCGCCAUCCCAUCUUCAUGUGACAAAGUUUUGUGUUUAUUUAAAUAUAUUUACUCAAGCACUACACUGAUCUUGCUUUUAGGACUUCGUAAAAUCAAUAUGGCAGACACAUUACAUCAUUUGUGAAGGGAAACUGUUGUUAGGUUAGGCGCAAGUGUUUGUUGUUUUAUAUAUAUGACCCAUAUGCUUUUGCUGGUGUAUAAUUUAAUUAGUGUACAUGUAAGAUGGAGUUUUUUUGUCUCAACAUCUGUUUACAAUUAAUUUUGAAACAAUGACAUUGAAACCAAGCAGUCAAUAAACUGUUAGGCAUUGCACACAUAUGUGCUGUCUUAUAGGGCAAAAGUAGGGAAUAUAAAACAAUAUUCACUUGUCAGACUUUGGGUAUUUAAUAUUUCACUUGUCUUUCAGUUCAGAAAUGUAAUGAAUUUUGUAUUACUUGAGGUGUCAGCAAAAGUAUGCAAAAUUUUUAAUUCAACAUUCAGUUCUUCAUGCUUAUCAGUCUGGUCCUGUUUAUGUAAUGCCUUGAAAGCAAUUAGAAAUUCCAACAAUUCGUUUACAAGCCACAGAGUGGCAGUCCAGCUGUGGGUUUGCUAUUUCUAAGCCUCUGGACAGGCUCUGUGUGCCAGCAUUUCCCCCAGCACUGAUGUAACAGUUAUCCUGCUGUAUCUCCAGUUUAUGUGUUACCUUGAAAGCAAUUAGAAGUCCCACCAGUCAUUUGCUAGCCAGCGAGUGGUAGUUUAGUGGUAGGGUUGCUACCUGAAGCCUCUGGACAAGCUCUGACUGCUAGCAUUUCCUCUAGCACCAGUGUAACAAUUAUUGUGCUGUAUCUCAUGUAUCAGAGCUUUUCCAGUGAAAAGAGAGCAUGUCAUAGGAAGGUGAGGUUGGCAAUCGUACCCUGUUGGCUUCUUAUUGGAAAGAACACAGGAACAUGAUGCACUUUGAAAGGUUUCCAAAGUAGUUCUUAAGAUAUCAACCAAAAAUAAAGAGACAUUUUGGAAAAACCUUUGAAACAGUGGAAGGAUUCUCUUUUGUAAUAUUUGUAACAGGCCUGAAUAGGCCAAAUUCUGGAAAAGAUGAUGAUAUUGAUAUUAUUCCUUUUUGCUUUUGGAUUGUUGUGUAAGAAUAAUCUUGAUAGAACUUAAAUAGAGGAAAUAUGAUUGGUGGAAUAUGGCUGCAGCCAUGGAACUCUCAGUACAAGGAAUUUACUGUAUGCGUCUGUGAAUGUUGCAGUACUUCAGAAUGUGUAAUUAUUCCGUUUAAAUUACAGUUAGUAAGAUACCAUUAUUUUUCCAGUUAAGUAUCAAAUAAUGGAUGUCAUGUAUGUGUGAUGUGAAGUAUUUGAGUAAACAUAUUCAGUUUUUCUUGCUGUGUGAUAAAAUAAUGGGCAUUUGAUCUACAGUAUCUGGACACUUUGUUUACAAAAAGAAAAAAGCAGUUGUGUGAAUUUUCAGGUAGAAAUUUAUCAGACCAAUAAAAGAAGAUGGAUGGAAGGUUCUGAUAUAAGAAUCUGGAAAAGAUUUUGAUUUAAAGUGUGGCGAUGUAUGACACAUAUGGCAACUAAUGAAAGACAAAAAUGAAUGCCAAGAUUUACAUGACUGUAAGCUGCAGGAAAUAAAUAGUCAUACUCUUACACACAUCAUUUGUAUAACAACCAUUCCUCAUUGAUUUUUUUAACUUGAGUCUUUCCAAUUUCACUAGCUACUAUAAAUGCCAAAUUUAAACAUGUAUAGCUUUGUUUUUGUUUAAUCUAAGAAUAAGAAAAGUGUUUGUUUUAAAAGAAUUUGGCACUUGGAACUUUUGUGAAACAGAAUAGUUUUGUGAGACAAUUUAAGUGUUGAUGUCGACAGACUGUAUACAUUUGCACAUUAGGUGCCAAUACAUAUUGAGUUUUUCUGAUAUUUCUGGACUAUUGCAGUCAAAAUCUGCAGAGAUAAAUAUAUGUGUAGAUACCA